GCUGACGUCACAAGACGCAGGGAGGACUCUCCGACACAAACAAGUUCGAGGUCAAAACAAAGUGUGAAGAGCUGCAGCAGAGCCGCAGAGUCUCCGAACAACCCGCGGUCAAACGAGAAUACAGAGGAACUCCUGCUCCAGCAGAGCGAAGCAGAGGCAUCAAGAUGAUCGGAAAGAUUCUUUCUCAUCUGCUUUGGAACACAUGCGAGGACUUUGAGGCAGCAGACAAUGGUUUUGAGGAGAUGAUGGAGUUUGAGGAGGGAGGAUGGAUCUUUGUUAAUCUCCCAGAGAGCGGGUCGCUGGCAGUCCCUGAGGCGGAUCCACUCGAGAACCUGCUGAUCGAGCACCCGAGCAUGUCUGUCUACCAGAUGAGACCCAGGAUGACUGGGGAGGAGGAGGAGGAGGAAGAGGAGCAAGGCUCUGAUGAAGAUGAAGAGGACACUCCCAGGCCAGUGGCAGUGAGGCAGCACAUUUCUUGGCGUUUGGCUGCCUGGGGAAUCCCUCUGCCCUGCAACAUCCAGCUGCUGGAUGUCCAGAGGGCCAGGACUCAGGCUGAGAGGAAGAAGCUGAGCCGCAGCUCCCUUCACAGGCAGAAUUUAGCCAAGAUGCGAUUCUCCCCAGCAGAGAAGCGCUACGGCCACUUCAAGCAGCCUUUCCAGCGCCUCUGCAACUACUAACAAGCAGUACGGCAACUGCUUGUGAGAGGGUGUGUCUCAGGUUGCCUCCACCACAGCCCAGUGAGCAGCAUGGUGCCUUGACUCUGCAAUACUCUGGUUUCACUGCAACACUGUAACAGUUUUUAAUUUUCGACCCUUACGUUGGCAGCCCUCACUUCUGAAAAAGCUGAAAACAAUGAACCUCAAUCUCCUGAUAUCAUGAACGACAGUCAGUCGCUCACAUUGGAAAACACGAGUAACAUGUGCAGUUCCUUUUAAAAUAUAAGCAUAUGUACAUUUUCGAUGAUUUGAAUUGUGUGACUUGUUUGGAUUGUUGUGGUGUGUGACAUGUUUUUUCUGUUACAGCGUGUGACGUAUGAUGCAGUUGGAUGUUGCCAGUCCAUGAUUGUAUUCUAUCUGUAUUAUAUUAUGUGCCUUAGCUUUAGAUGUUCCUGUGACAAGUAUAUUAAAAGCUACUUUCAUACCAUGUGCACCUGUACAGUACUCAUAUCAUGUGAAAUUAAUAUCUGUGAACUCCCUACAAUGAAUGUUAUUUGUUUCAAAUUGAUUUUUAUUAGAGUGUAAUUUCAAAACCAAUCUUAAAGUUUUGUAUAAAGUGUACCGUUUUAUAUUUUUCAGCUGGUACCCACUUUUUUCAAACCACACAAAUUGUUCAUUUUUGACUCACAUUUGUAUAUACAGUUGAAUAUUAUGUUUUUCUAUUUUGUGUGUAUUUAUAAAAAUGUAAAAAAAAAGCCAAAUAAAUCUUGUUUUCUUAA